UGACAGUUUUCUUCUUUCCAAGAACCCAUCUUUGAGAACUCAAACAAUAUUUAAUAUCUUUGUUGCGUACAGCUGUAAAAGUUUAGUGGAAUAUCAUUUCCACACUUAUUGUUAUCAAAAUUGGGAAUAUUUGGUCGGCGUUCGAAGCUUUAAGGAGCUUCUCAUAUCGUUGGAUACCCGGUUGGAUAAUGAACCAGAACGAAGAUACGUCGAAGUACUCGAAGGUUCAAAAAGAAAAUGAGGAAGCACAAGAUAACUUCACUGAAGAGCCAAGCGGGAAUAAAGAACCUGAGUGGAAAAAAUACCAAAAAAUGCCACUAGAGAAAAAGAGGAAGUAUUACGAAUGUGGUGAAGAUUAUGUACAGAUAAAGGAUAUCGAAAAAUGGUCAGAAUUUUACCAAAGCGAURGCUAUCACUUCUCCAAAAUCCAGAAAAAAAAUGAAAGUGAAAAAACAGGUUAUCCUGUUGAUAAGAACAUCAAUGACAAACUCUCACUGUGGGUAGGAGAUAUCACAACACUGGAGAUAGAUGCUAUUGUCAAUGCAGCAAACAGUAGGUUAUGUGGUGGAGGUGGUGUUGAUGGCUGUAUCCACAGGGCUGCUGGUCCUACCCUUCUUGAAGAGUGCAGAUUACUGAACGGUUGUGACACUGGAGAUGCCAAGAUUACGUCAGGGCAUAAGCUUCCAGCUAGACAUGUCAUCCACACUGUUGGUCCUAUCGGACAAAAUGAAAAAGCUUUGGAAAACUGCUACAAAAAUUGUCUAAAGCUUGCAAAAGAAAAUAAAGUCAGAACACUGGCUUUUUGCUGUGUUUCAACUGGUAUCUUUGGCUAUCCUAACAGAGAUGCUGCUGAAGUAGCCUUAAAAACAACUCGUGAAUGGCUAGGAGAUGAAAGCAAUGCUAAUGCAGUUGACAGGAUCAUUUUUUGUUUGUUUUUGGAAAAAGACAUCAACAUCUAUGAAACUUUAAUGCUCAAGUAUUUUCCACCAGGAGAACUCAAGAAACCUACUGAAACAUCAGAAGAAAUCCCAAAUACACAUACUAAUUCUGAGAAAGAUAAGAAAACAGGGAUAAAAGAACCUGAGAAGAAAGAGAAAAAAGAUGCAAAAACAGAAAUCAAAGAUAAAGAUGACACAAAGAACAGUGACGAAAAAUCAGAGAAAGAACCUGAGAAGAAAGAGAAAAAAGAUGCAAAAACAGAAAUCAAAGAUAAAGAAAUGAAAAAAGUUGAGAAAACGCAAAGAGGGAGAAAGAUAAAAGACCAAGAGAAAGGUUAUGUUGAAAUUCCAAUUCCCAAGAAACAGAAGCAGGAUAAUAAUGACCAUGGUGAAACAAAAGGACAGCAAGAUGUGGAGAUGAAUGAAGAAGGAACUCGGGCAAAAGAAGAACAGAAUACAGAGGAAAACAAACGAGAAAAGAAAAUGCAAGAUGUCGAAAUUCCAAUUCCUAAGAAACAGAAGCAGGAUAAUAAUGACCAUGGUGAAACAAAAGGACAGCAAGAUGUGGAGAUGAAUGAAGAAGGAACUUGGGCAAAACAAGAACAGAAUACAGAGGAAAACAAACAAGAAAAGAAAAUGCAAAAGCAAGAUGUUCCAACUCCAAUUUCCAAGAAACAGAAGCAGGAUAAGAAUGAUGAUGAUGAAGCGAAAGGACAUCAAGAUGUAGAGAUGAAUGAAGAAGGAACUCGGGCAAAUCAAGAUGCAGAGGAAAACAAACAAGAUGAAAAAAUGCAAAAGCAAGAUGACAAAAUGGAAGUGGAAGAAGACAACCUCUCAAAACAAGAAACAGAUGAAAAGGAAGUCAUGGGAAUAAAAGAACAGCAAGCUAAUGAAACCAUGGAAACUGUGGAAAUGCAACAUGAAGAGGUUUAGGGGAUCCCUCAAAGUCUUCCAAAAACUUAGUGGGAAAAAAACCCAAAACAUUUUGUUGUUUUGUGGGGACCCUGUGGUAAAGCAAGAAAUUUUACACUACCACAGGGAGCUCAAUUUAAAGCUAGAAAGGAUUGUUUUCAUAGAUAUAGAUAGGUAAAACAGUCUAAAAGACCAUUUAGUUAGAGAGACAGAGUUAAAUCAUUUGGUAAUAACCUGAAUUUGAGGAGCCUGUGGGAGCCCAAUUUAAAGCUAGAAAGGAUUGCUUUCAUAGAUAUAGAUAGUUAAAACAGUCUAAAAGACCUUUUAGUUAGAGAGACAGUUAAAUUGUUUGUUGGUAAUAACCCGAAUUUGAAUUAGACUUUUGCCACCACAGGAAGCCCAAGCCAAUGUUAGCAUGAGCCAGCAUUAAGAGUGUAGCUCGAUAAAUUCAGAUUCAUUAAAAAUAUGUUAUGAGUUGCUAGAUUUCAAAACACUCUUCCUCUACAUCUUUUUUUUUUAUAGCUAUUUAUUCUUUAGCUCGCUCAAACUAGCACUUGUGCGCUAUCAUAUUUAGUGAGAAUAAAUAAAUAUUYGUUAUUAUUA